UAGCUAGGUCACGGGGUCGAACCGGCAACACCAACCCAGCAACACAGCCGGUCACAGGGAUUUUUUUUAUUAAUCGCUUGAGCCGAGUAUAUAAAGAAAUCCGGGUAGACCAUUCCGCGAGUUGUUCAGCUUUCCCAUGUUUGCAACAACCCCGGCUAUAAGAUCUCUUCGUAGAGCAAGAAUUCAGACGUAGUCAAAGGUAGCACAGAAUCGUAAUUGCGAUGUUUAUACCAUUACCUUUUCGUCGUGCGAGUACGUUUGUAUGGCUCGCUGUAAUUUUUGUGUCGGGAAUUUUGCGAGCACGCGCGAGUUUGACGGCAAAUGACGAGGCGGUUCUUCUAGAGAAACAUCGGGAGCUUCGUAAGGGGGUAGGGGCAGCGGACAUGGAAUCUAUGACUUGGCACAGUGAGCUGGCAACUAUGGCGCAGACCUGGGCGGAAACCUGUUCAACAGGACAUGGCGGAACAUCCGGGUCUUCUGCGUUUGGUGACGACAUUGGUCAGAACAUUUUCAAGACCAGCGGGUCGUCUGUGGGUGACUACAACUCCGUUGUGCAGGCGUGGUUUGACGAGGUGGAGUUCUAUAACUACAACAGCGCCUCCUGUCAGUCCGGACGGACCUGCACCCACUACACUCAGCUUGUAUGGGCUGAGUCCAAAGCAGUGGGGUGCGGGUCUCACACGUGCAGCGGUGACGGGACGUACGUCGUCUGUAACUACGGCCCAGGGUAA